UAUCGCUCUUCCGAACAUCAAGAGUUAUUCUGGACCUACUCUCUGUGAACUACAUGUCUGCUGAUGAUCUUGAAUACCCGGUUUCUAAAUGAACAAUACCUCCCAUAGUCCACCUGUCUGUGACAAGACAUCCGAUACCCUUCCCCCUCCCUCCAGCCCCAACCCCAUGAAGCAUGUCGAUCUCACAUCAAUACCACCAGCCAAAUGCCCCCGACUCCGACGAUGACCACGAUUCCGACCUUGAACUCGACCUACAUGAGCUGGACCCAGUCUCCUCCUCCGCAGUAGCAUCCUCAAGUGGGAGGUCAAGAGAUGGGCGAGGUAUCGCACAGCAGCUGGGCAGUCAUAUCCCCCUCCGCAACCUGCGAUAUUCACGAUUACGAGGGAACCGCCGCAACACCUCAAGUCAUGACCAUGAUGACUUGAACGGGCUGCUCGAUGAUGAUGAGGAUGCGAGAAAGCGGUACUCCGCUGCGAGCUCCGGUGGAGGGGACGACGAUGCGCCGCUGCUGCCUACACACUUCAGCAGACCCCGUCCGAGACGAUCGGAGGGUUCUCUGGCACGAAUCACAUCUAGGUUGCGGAUACCGAGCUUUAUAACGGGCGCCCAAGCCCCCACGCCGGGCGGGAAUGAAGACGAAGAAGAGGCGGAUGUUGAACAUGAUCCUUCGUCGACACGUACCAUACCUGUCGGUCAGCGACAGUCUACACGAUUCCCUCUGAACGCUGUUUCAAACGCCAAAUAUACCCCCUGGAGCUUCCUACCUCUGACGCUUUAUAACGAGUUUUCGUUCUUCUUCAACAUGUAUUUCCUCCUUGUUGCUCUUUCUCAAGCGAUACCUGCGCUCCGGAUUGGAUAUAUCUCAACCUACAUUGUGCCCUUGGCGUUCGUUCUGAUGAUUUCAAUCGGUAAAGAGGCUAUCGACGAUAUUCAGCGGCGACGGAGAGACGCGGAAGCGAAUUCCGAACCGUAUACCGUCUUGAAAUUUGGGGAUGGCGAGGAAGGACCGGAUGGAAAUUCAAACGUCCGCGAGAUGAAGAAGCCGUCGAGAAGCUUGAAAGUUGGAGAUGUGUUGAAGCUUGGGAAGAACCAACGGGUGCCGGCAGACGUCGUUAUUCUGAAAAGCAUAUCGGCCGACGAUGCCGCAAUUAAAUCCAGCUUGGAUGUAAACGCGAACACCGAGAAUCUGGAAGCGUUGAUAUCUACGGAUUUAGGGGCUGCCCAACCUCAACCGACGGAAAGCGCAGAGGGCAACCCUGGACCUACGGGAGAAGCAUUCAUUCGCACGGAUCAGCUCGAUGGUGAGACGGAUUGGAAGCUGAGAUUGGCCUCUCCGUCGACGCAGAAUAUAUCGAUCGAAGAAUUCAUGAAACUCAAGGUUGUCGCAGGCAAACCAGAUAAGAAAGUCAACGACUUUGUAGGGACAGUGGAACUAGAAGAUUCCGUUAGCGGUACGCAUGAUGAUGCCGAGCAGGCGAACUCGUGGCCGCUGUCCAUCGAUAAUACUGCCUGGGCCAAUACAGUCAUCGCAUCGACAUGCACCCUUUACGCUGUGGUGGUCUAUACCGGAUCACAAACGAGACAGGCUCUCUCGACGUCCACAUCACGGUCGAAAACCGGCCGUUUAGAAUACGAGAUCAACUCCCUCACGAAAAUCCUCUGCCUCCUCACCUUCGCCCUCUCGUUCAUCCUCGUCGCCCUCGAAGGGUUCGAAGCCCGAGAAGACGGCCGGAAAUGGUAUGUCUCCGUCAUGAUAUACCUGAUCCUCUUUUCGACCAUCGUCCCAGUGAACCUCCGCGUAAACGUCGACAUGGCGAAAUCGGUCUAUGCCUGGCAGAUCGAGCACGACAAAGACAUCCCGGACACCGUGGUUCGGACCAGCACGAUCCCCGAGGAUUUGGGGCGGGUCGAAUAUCUGCUGAGCGACAAGACCGGCACGCUCACGCAGAACGAAAUGGAGAUGAAGAAGAUUCAUGUCGGGACCGUGUCGUAUGCCAACGAAGCCAUGGACGAGGUGGCGUCGUACGUUCGCCAAACCUUUGCGAACAGCCCGGAGGAGAGAUCGUCGCUCCUUACUCCAUCUUCCGCAAACGUCGUUUCCACCUCGGCCACGCGAACGCGACGAGAAAUCGGCGCACGCGUUCGCGAUAUCGUUCUCACUUUGGCGCUCUGUCACAAUGUGACACCGACCAUCGAGGACGAGGAUGGCACGUCAGUCACGACAUACCAAGCCUCGUCUCCGGAUGAGAUCGCCAUCGUCAAGUGGGCGGAAACCGUGGGACUGCGACUGCUCCAUCGAGACCGGGUAUCCAUCUCCUUGCAAUCCACGGAGACCGGUCGUGUCGUUGUCCGUGUCCGGAUCCUGAACAUCUUUCCUUUCACAUCCGAAGGGAAGCGAAUGGGCAUCCUCGUUCAGUUUUCGAAGACAAGCACUGCCCUCCCGACAGAAGUCGACGAGGAUUCUGAGAUCUGGUUCUAUCAGAAGGGCGCCGACACAGUCAUGGCCAAUAUCGUUGCUUCUAACGACUGGUUGGAAGAAGAGACCUCGAACAUGGCGCGGGAAGGACUUCGCACCCUCGUCGUAGGGCGCAAACAACUGUCACCUGCUCUAUACCGAGAAUUCACCCGCGUCUAUGCCGAAGCCAGUCUGUCGCUGCAAGGACGUGAUGCCAACAUGGCAUCGGCGGUUGAAUCAUACCUUGAGCACGACCUCGAGCUUCUGGGGGUUACCGGCGUGGAAGACAAGCUGCAGAAAGACGUCAAGCCCAGCCUGGAGCUUCUUCGCAACGCUGGAGUCAAGGUCUGGAUGCUCACCGGCGACAAAGUUGAGACGGCGCGCUGCGUUGCCAUCAGCUCCAAGCUCGUCGCGCGAGGCCAACACAUUCAUACCAUCGCGAAACUCAAACGCAAAGACGCCGCCCUCCCUACACUCGACCUCCUCCACACCCACCCCUCCACCUGCCUCCUCAUCGACGGCGACUCCCUCUCCAUCAUGCUCACCCACCACCGCGCCACCUUUAUUCCCAUCGCCAUCCGCCUCCCCACCGUCAUCGCCUGCCGCUGUACCCCUACCCAAAAAGCCGACCUCGCGCGCCUCAUCCGCACGCACACCGGCGCCCGCGUCGCCUGCAUCGGCGACGGCGGCAACGACGUCAGCAUGAUCCUCGCCGCCGAUGUGGGGAUCGGCAUCGUCGGCAAGGAAGGGCGCCAGGCGUCGUUGGCUGCGGACUUCUCGGUGCCGCAAUUCCAUUACGUGACGCGCCUGCUGGUGUGGCACGGGCGGAACAGCUACAAACGGAGCGCGAAGCUCGCGCUGUUCGUCAUGCAUCGGGGGCUGAUCUUUGCGGUGUGCCAGACGGUGUUCUCGGUGGCGUCGGCGUUCGAGCCGAUCGCGCUGUUUAAGGAUUGGUUGCUGGUGGGAUACGCGACGGUGUACACGAUGGUGCCGGUGUUCAGCCUCGUGCUGGACCGCGACGUGGACGAGGGGGUGGCGAACCUGUAUCCGGAGCUGUACAAGGAGCUGACCAGCGGGCGCAGCCUGUCGUACCGCACGUUCGGCGUGUGGGUGCUGGUCAGCGUGUAUCAGGGGUGCAUCAUCCAGGGGGUGACGCAGCUACUGGUGGGCAUCGACAACUUCCCGCGCAUGGUGGCCGUCUCGUACACAGCGCUUGUGCUGAACGAGCUGCUGAUGAUCGCCGCCGAGGUCACCACGUGGCAUUGGGCCAUGAUCGUGUCGCUGCUCGCCACCGCCGGGUUGUUCUUCGGGAGCUUCCCGUUCCUCGGGGAGUAUUUCGAUUUGAAAUAUGUCAUUUCUGUUGCGUUCGUGUGGAAGGUCGUGGUUGCAGUCGCGUUGGCGUUGGUGCCGCCGUACGCCGGGAAGAUUUUGAAUCGUACGUUACGGCCGCCGAAUUAUAGAAAGGUGCAGGCGGUGUAAGGGUCUAGCAAGCGUUUUUGGGGGGAUACGGCGUUCGGGGUGGAUUCGUCGUGGACUUGGGUUGCAUUGUGAGAAGCCUGGUGGCCGCUGUUCUGUACCAGCAGCUAUUGACUUGUUGCAUCAAUUUUGUAGAUGAGGCAUUCAAUACCUUUUGAUGAACGUUGAUCGAGGUUCAUACAUUCCGUACUAUAGCUGCUUUCAAUGACUAGUGCCAUAGUAUAUGAUGCGAUCAGAAGUCAGCAAUUUAACG